AUGAUCACCCAGAUCUUGCGCGGACAACUACCUGAGCUCGCUGGUGUAGGAGAUGUUGGAGCAAACUCUACAUGGGAUGAGUACGAGGAGAUUGAGAAGACCGACGGGACUCGCGUAACGUACAAGGAGUGGAUCGAGGAGGAGCCGCUGGAGGUGGAAUCUCGCAUCCACACGCAGAGCGAGCGCGUCUCAGCACGGUACGAAGAACUUGUCGGUAUGCUGAACGAAGCGCGCUCGCGUAUCUUCAAGCCAUUCAAAGCAAGAGCUCCCUCCAACGACGUCAAGGAGUACCACGCAUGCCUGCCGGCCUCUCUUCGAAACCUGGUAUACCGCCUUCGCGAGGAACCAUUCCAGCUCACUGCAUCGACGACCGCCAACAACAUCAACAAAGCCAUCGUGGAAUUGGAUACCUGCUUGAGCGGCAUGCGUCUCGAGGUCGCGCGAUGGACCAACGCGCUGGAGAGACACGGCAUGGGUUUGGAGAUAGGGGAAAACAGCAUCUUCUGGCUCUCCUUCCUCCACGGGGCCUACAACCUGGAAGCCGAAAUCGAAGAGAUGCCUGAGCUGAUUAGCAAGGCUAGGAUGGCUCUUGCAGAGUUGAUGGAGUGGGAGGAUGAGAUCGAAGAUCUCAAGAAUGGCCGUGGACGCGAGGCAUGUUUCAGCCCACCAGGCUACCGCAACGUUUCGGUGUAUCAGACACCGGCGGAUCACAUGGCGGUCGCGGAUCACGACAGCAUGGGCGCAACCGAAGGACAGUAG